GUCAGUCAGUCCGUGCUCGUGUCUCUCUUGCAGGUGCUCCCCACUCGACCAGCAGCACGUCCCUGCACUCGGAGCGCUCCGUCAGCGGCAUCAACCUGGUGGGUUUCAGCUCCAAGCCGGACGGGAUGCACCAGCGCUCCUACUCUGUCUCCAGUGCAGACCAGUGGAACGAGGCCGUGGCCAUCCCCGGCAGCUGCCCCAACCCCUCUAACGGUACUGCCGACUCCCUCAGCUCCAGCCCAAACAUUUCCAGUGCUGCCAGCCCAAAGCUGGAGCCGCCUCCGUCACCACAUGCCAACAGGAAAAAGCAUCGCAGGAAAAAGAGCACAGGGACAACUCGGCUGGAUGGCCCCAGCACGGCAGCAGAAGAACCAGAUGAGCCAUUUGAGUUCAUUAUCGUGUCACUGACGGGGCAGACGUGGCUCUUUGAAGCCUCAACGUCAGAGGAGCGAGAGCUCUGGGUACAGGCCAUUGAGAGCCAGAUCCUGGCCAGCCUGCAGGGCUGUGAGAGCAGCAAAAACAAGGCUCGGCUGGGCAGCCAGGGCGACGCGCAGCUUCUUGCUGCCUAG